AAAUUGAGAGCAAUAACCCUUGGGCCACAAACAGCCCAAAGUUUAGGCCCUUCCGACUUGGAGUAUUCGCAUUUGGCUCUCUCUCUUCAGUCACUUCUCGUCGCCGUCCAGCUCCUCAAUGGCGGCAGCAUCAAGAAGCCUCAUGUCCCAUCUCCGGACUCUCUUAUCAUCCACUGUUUCAGAAACCCACUUCAGAGCAUUCAGUGCUUGCAGUAGUCAAGUGGAGGAAUUGAAGACUCGGGUUAUUGAAGGAAAACCUGGAAUCAUGACUCCAAACUCCAAAAGGACUGGAGCUAUUGCUAUCAAAUGUGGAAUGACAGCUCUAUGGGACAAAUGGGGGGAGCGCGUUCCCAUUACCAUUCUUUGGUUGGAUGAUAAUAUUGUUUCCCAGGUCAAAACUCCCGAGAAAGAAGGCAUUUGCGCCCUACAGAUUGGAUGUGCUCACAAAAAGGAGAAGCAUUUGACCAAACCUGAAGUUGGUCAUUUUAGAGCACAAGGUGUGCCCAUGAAGAGAAAGUUGAAGGAAUUUCCUGUUACUGAAGAUGCCCUUCUUCCUGUUGGAACGAGCAUCAGUGUUCAUCAUUUUGUUCCGGGCCAGUAUGUGGAUGUUACUGGAAUUACAAGAGGGAAAGGUUUUCAGGGUGGGAUGAAAAGGUGGGGAUUUAGCGGUAUGCCUGCAUCACAUGGUGCUUCAUUAUCCCACAGAAGUAUUGGUUCUACAGGUCAAAGAGAUGCUCCAGGAAAGGUAUUUAAAGGGAAAAAGAUGCCUGGGCGCAUGGGUGGAGUGCAACGAACUGUUAAAAAUGUUUGGGUCUACAAGAUUGAUCCUGCCAGAAACCUGAUGUGGGUCAAAGGCCAGGUUCCCGGAGCUGAAGGUAACUUUGUGUUCAUCAAAGAUUCUGUGUACAAGAAACCAGAUAUUUCAACGCUUCCAUUUCCCACUUACUUUGCCCCAGAAGGUGAAGAUCAAACAGAUUUAGAACCACUAGUGGCUGACCUUGGUGAUACAGACCCGUUUAUGGCUGCCGAUUAGUUGUACGCAACCUAGCUUUGGAUGAUGCCAUUUUUUGUCCGUUCUUUUACCUUUUUUAUCUUUAAAAAGCAGUGGAAGUGAUUUUACGUGGUAGUGUUUUGAUUUUGUACUCUCUCGCUGAUGGCAUUCAAGCAGUAAUUUUGAGUUGAGUUGUAUAACUAUAUUUAGUUACUUGUUGGAUAGGGUGAAGUCUUGUUACAGCAUGGUUCUGGAUCACAUCCAGGGAAGUUUGUACAUGCACAAUCUGAUUAUGAUGUUGCUGGAUGAGUAGAGCUAAUAAAAGAAAUGUGAAUGGAGAAUUAUAAACGA